AUGACUGAGUGGCACCGAGGUUCGAACACGGUACCUAUGAAACUGUUUCAUCUUGCUAAACAAAAAUUGAUUAAGAAAAAAAUGGCUCUAGAUCCAGUACGAUGGAAAAGUUUAUAUUCAAAUAAAAAUUUGCAUCCAGCUCAAAAUCCGGCAAUGAAAAAGAUCCGUUUUAUCGAAGAUAAAGUGACAUUACAGCCGGUUGUUGAACAAAAAGCAAAGAAAGAACAACAAGUCCCGGUAAAGUCAAAAUUACAUGAUAGCGUACAACGCAAUGGUGGUAAUGGGGUUAAGUUCGCUUUAAUUGAACCGUCUUCGUCAGUUCCUCGUCCGAUAAGCAUUCAACCAUCUCAACAAGACAUCAAGAAACAAAUACAAAGUUUAAUCCAUGAAACCAAUGAACAAAAACAAAUAUUAGAUCAUUUAGAGUUGGAAGAAAUACAUGAAACAGUAAGCCAAGAAUUAGAUUCAUGGAAAAGUCAUAUGUGUGAUCGUAUAACAUUGAUGCACGAUAAAAUAAUGGCCGAAAAUGAUUCAUCGUACGAUCAACUCUAUUGUUUUCAACAAACAAUUCAAAAUAUCUUAAAUGAUCAUUUAAUUCGACGAUUGGAAAAAAUGGCCAGAAAAUCAGAUGAUGAGUUGAAUAAGCAAGAUCUCGAUGAAAUUGAAUUAAGAUUAGGACAAAUGAAAGAUGAAAUCAACCUUAUUAAACAGUUAAAUUUACAUCUCGAGUGUGAACAAGUGGAAAUCAUAGGACAAUUGAAUUUAGUCAAAUUGACAGAUUUUAAUCUCAAGAAAAAGGCAAAUCAGGAGCGAUCAUCACUACCACAAGCAACGGAUUCGGCUUCACCAUCUCUACAACUACCUCAGAAAAACGUUUCUACUAAUUGGAAUACAAUUGCUCAAAAUGGAAUUAAUUACGUAACAGAAAUGAAUUUUCGUUUCUUAGUAAAAUAUCAAGUUGUUCAAAAAUUAGAGAAAAUUAAUCUUGAUCAACUUUCAUCAAUGAUUCAACUUUCACCAUGUUCACUUUCACCGGGUAUUUUUGAAUAUGUUUUGACAAUAAUUAAUCAGGAUGACUUAGAAGUAUGUAUGGAAAUAUUAUCAGAAGUGAUGCCAUUAAUUCUAUCAUCUCAAACAAAUGAAUUACGUAUAUUAUUUCAUGAAAUAUAUAUUCCAUAUAUAAUUGGUAAAGGCGGCGAACGUUCAAAUUACUUAAAAGAAAAAUAUCAAUUAAAUCAAAUAAAAAUAUAUUCACAAUCAUGUCCAAAAUCAAAUGAACGAAUUUUGUCACUAUCAAGUCAAAAACAUGAAUAUAUUAUCUGUUGUUUACAGGAAAUAUAUCAGAAUAUAUUGGAACAAUAUCGUCAAUAUAGUAAAGAACAAAUUCAAUCAAUAUGUUUAUAUAAUCCUCAGAACUAUGAUAGAACCAUGUGUUCAGAAUAUGGAGGUUAUGAAGAUGACGAAAAUAAAUCGAUUACAGCAGUGGCGUUGAUACCCGUUGUCUGUAAUCAAAAAUCAAAUAUUCAACCAAAUUAUGAUAAAAUCGAUAUUGAAGAUGAAAAGACGUGGGAGAUGCCUUCAAAUGGUGAUAGUAAUCAAAUACUAGUUAAAUAUUUGACUCAUUUAACGGAUAAUCAAGUAGGAAUUAUCAUCGGACCCUUUGGACAACGAAUUACCCAAAUUAAAGAAGAAUCAGGUGCAUGGGUACAUAUUUCGGACGAUGGGGAAGAACCGUCAAUAAUUAGAGGGACAAAAAAACAGAUCGCUCAUGCUUUACGACUCAUUGAUGAAUGUCUACAUCGUUACAAACAAAAACUGCCAUUUCAAAAACAUCGUUCUCAUGGCAAAACACGUUGA